CCCCAAUGAAAACAAACAACAAAAACCAACAGAGAAGAAGUGUUACAGCCAGCCAACAUCAUGAGCGACCGUGAUGAUGAUGGUGGUGAUGGUGGUGAUCGGGAGGGGGCUGGUGUGCUGGAGAGCGUGCCGUUUGACGAUGCCACGAUCCAGGAGUCCAGGGACGUGGAGCUGGACCUCUUCAGACGGCAGUGGCAGCAGGAACUGAACCAGCAGCGCCACCCGGCAGACAGCAGCACGACACAACAACAAGAGCAACACCGUCAACACCCAUCAGUGUCAGCUGCACGCCACGAGAAGGUUGUGACGCCGCGGAGGGCUGGCGGUGGUGAUGACGACGAAGCCGACGAAGACGGCGAUGCUCUGGACGCUACGACUGGCGGUGGUGAGGUGCUGGGACUGCCGACCUCGGCGUCGAAGGAGGCAGCAGCACAGGCACAAGACGACGUGGAGAAGGAGGCCCUCUCACUUUACUUCAAAGGCGCUGAGCUUGAGGAAGCCAACUGCCAGACAGAAGCUCUGUACUACUAUCGCCGCGCUGCCAAGCUCUUGCCUGAUAUUGAGUUCCGUGCCCACCGUGUGUUGACGCGCCGCCGAGAACAACGACUUGAACAAGCCCGCGCCAUGCGUGAACAACAGCGCCAGCUGCACCCAGACCAGCAGCACCACGACCACGACGAGAUGGAUGAGCUGUGCGUUCGCUUCAGCGCCGCGGAAUUGCAGCCAACAACACCGCCAGCAGACAACGUCAUGCACAUCCGCGAGCUCCCGCUUGAGAUCAUCCACGCCAUUGCCUUGCACCUCCUCAAGCCCACAUAUGACCUGACCCCCAUCCUGCGCCUUGCCUCGACGUGCCGCUUUCUCUUCGUCGUCCUGCACGACGACUGCUUCUGGAAAGCCGUCGCCCACCGGCUCUGGUCCCCGCCCCCGCUCACACACGCACCAUGGCCGUCGUGGCGGGCUGCGAGCAUGCGGCGACCGCGGCCACUGCAUCACGGCGUGUAUGUGAGCCGCGUCGUCUACUUCCGCAGAGGCGAGCAGAGCCUGGACGACCUGUAUCGGCCGUGGCACACGGUGCAGUACUUCCGCUACCUGCGCCUCCUCCCCUGCGGCCACGCAAUCUCCGCCCUCUCAUGCGACGCGCCAGCAAAGGUUGUCGGCCAUCUGCGCCGCUCGGUUCACGCGCGGUCGGAUCUGCAGCUGCUGCACGGCACGUGGCGAUGUGACGGCGUCGACGGCGAUGGUGAUGAGCUGGUUGUCACACUCGAGCAAGCAGCAAGCAACCUGCGGCAGCAAAACGCACACGCGCGGCGGCAGCGGCGGCGCCGAGGACGCGACUCCGACGUGGCGCACGUGUCACCGCUGCUGACGACGUUCGUGCUUCGUCUCCGCAUCUCCGAGCGCUCGGGAAAGCCAUCAUCAAGACUGAGCUGGGAGGACUACACGAUAUCGCAGACAUACGCGAGCGGAACAGAGACAUCGACGCAGUUGAACCUGAACGAGCAGUACAAGCCAUACCGCUUCAUCCCACUCGACAUAUUCAACAAAGACAUGUCGUGACGCUGCUGCUGCUCAUGUUGUGUGUGUGUGUGUGUGUGUUCGUGUGUGUGUGUGUAUGUGUGUGUGUGUGUGUGUUUUCGUGUGUCUAUUUGUCUGUGUGUAUGUGUGUAUGUGUGUGUGUGAAGAAGUGUCGCUUGAAGAGGCGUGUGCCUCACCCAUGCAUGUGUGAGGUGGUGCGUUCCACGCCAUUGACCCACCCCCUCUGCCUUGUCGAUCUACUGGCCCCUGUGUCCGCGUCACCACACCCCCCUCCCUUCCUCGUUGUGUUCGCAUGUCUGGGCACACUCCUGCCGUGAAUGAGGCAAGGCUAUGGAGGUUGUUUAUGGCCUGUGCACACGUGCGUACGUGCUGUGAUUGCACGACGCACAACAGCUGCCACUAUAUCGACACGCACACAAGCACGGUGCCAUAGCAUGAAACACACACACACACACAUAUCUGGCUAGCAUACGCAUAUACACCGCACGACCACAA